AGGACCGAGCCCAGCAUCCCAGACUUAUGUGACUAACUAGGCAAGCAUUUGGAGACUUAUUUCACUCUGGUACCCUAGCCUUCAGUAGAUCUAGGUGUUGGCCUCUCAGUACACAGGAGGCUUCCAAGUAGCGAAGCUCCCUGCUCUUAGCAAGCCUAAAGCCAUGGGGAAGGGAAAUGCCUUGGAGACAGCACCAACCACCACGGCCUACCGUUCUGUCAUGGAGGAAUAUGGUUACGAGGUGGGCAAGGUCAUCGGCAAUGGCUCCUAUGGGACCGUGUAUGAGGCUUACUACACAAAACAGAAGGUCAUGGUAGCUGUCAAGAUCAUCUCAAAGAAGAAAGCCUCUGAGGACUAUCUUAACAAGUUCCUGCCCCGUGAGAUACAGGUCAUGAAAGUCUUGCGGCACAAGUACCUCAUCAACUUCUAUCAGGCCAUCGAGACCACAUCCCGAGUGUACAUCAUUCUGGAGCUGGCUCAGGGUGGUGACGUCCUUGAAUGGAUCCAGCGCUAUGGGGCCUGCUCUGAGCCCCUUGCUGGCAAGUGGUUCUCCCAGUUGACCCUGGGCAUUGCCUACUUGCACAGCAAGGGCAUCGUGCACCGCCUGACUCCCAGCCUUUCUGCUGCUGGUAGGGACUUAAAGUUGGAGAACCUGUUGCUGGACAAGCGGGAGAAUGUGAAGAUAUCAGACUUUGGCUUCGCCAAGAUGGUGCCUUCUAGCCAGCCUGUGCGUAGUAGCUCUUCUUACCGCCAAGUGAACUGCUUUUCUCACCUCAGCCAGACCUACUGUGGCAGCUUUGCUUAUGCCUGCCCGGAGAUCUUGCUAGGCUUGCCCUACAACCCUUUCCUGUCUGACACGUGGAGCAUGGGCGUCAUCCUCUACACUCUAGUGGUUGCCCGUCUGCCCUUUGAUGACACCAAUCUCAAGAAGCUGCUGAAAGAGACUCAGAAGGAGGUCACUUUCCCACCUAACAACAACAUCUCUCAGGAGUGCAAGAAUCUGGUCCUUCAGAUGCUACGCCAAGCUUCCAAGCGUGCCACCAUUCUGGACGUCAUCAAGGAUCCCUGGGUGCUCAAGUUCCAGCCUGAGCAACCCACCCAUGAGAUCAGGCUGCUGGAAGCCAUGUGCCAGCCCCCCAGCACCAGUCGUCACCAGUCCUUGGAUAUUACGACCUGAAGAUGGCCGAAGAAAGAGGUUGAGGGAGAAGCAAAGCAGGAAGGUCUGGGGGCUAAAAAUACUUUAUACCAAAAAUAAAUCUAAUUCUAACUUAGUUUCAUCAGCUGGUAUCAAAGAUAUUCUUUACUCAGGGGAGCCUUAGCAGGGAACACUGCUGAGGGCAAGAGGUAAAUUUCUAGCCCCAGUCUGUAACCAGUAAUUCUGACAUUUGUGUAAGUCAACAGUGUAACGCACAGUGUGGCUCUAUGGGGUUGGGGUGCAGAGUAACACUGAAUUUGGGAAGCUUUAAUCCUCUUAAGUACAUGCUCAUUAUUUUACAUUUGUAUGCUUUCCAAUGUCUCAGCAGUGAUGCAAAAGCUCUGGUUGUUCUCCUUUGACUAUGACUCUGUCUAUAAUCCAAAGUGAUGGCACUGUUGUGUUAGAAAUGAGUAUUAAAGUGUACGAAGUGCCUUGAUUCCUUCUCCCUCCUCCACUGUUAUUUUAACAGCUAUUGAACAAUACCAAGGAGUCAGGCCUCCUUAUACUGCUGCUCCCAGGUACAGCAGUGACAGGGUUCAAACCAAGCCUUCUAGUGGCAAAAGUUAUUAUAAUUACGGGCUCUGGAUAAAAGAAAUCUACUUGCUCCUUUCAUCCUUGUGUUCCUCCUCGUCUUUGAAAAUGUUCUUUGCAAAAGGAAAACGGGGGCUGGACAGUGAUAACAGCAGUACAACAUGACACACUGUGGGUAUUCCACGUGGGAAGGUUCUGGGUUCACAACCAGAGACCUCUGAGUACACCAGGAAGGUAUAUGACCAUGACCCAGGACUGGCUGAAGCUGGGAGUGAAUGGUGGUGUCAAAAUCCUAUUGAGUGUGCCAGCGGAAGGAUGGCUGACUGCACAGUUGAGAAUCCUGGACAUGGCAACUUG